AGAGAGAGGAGAGAGAGCGAGCGUGUGUGUGUGUGUAUGAGUGUGUGUGAGUGUGUGUGAGUGUGUAUGUGUAUGGAGACGUGAACACUUUCUCUCAGAGCCCCCCUCACUCCCCUCCCUACGACCCCCCGAAACCGGAUUAAACCGAUUUAUUUUGUUCCGUUAAUCGUGACCGUUACUCGGGGCCAAACCGAAGCGCGAUGUGGAUUCAGGUCCGCACUAUAGACGGGACGGAGACCCGCACGGUGGAGGAUCUGUCCCGGCUCACCAAGAUCGAGUCUCUGCGUCUCAAAAUACAGGAGAUCUUCAAUGUGGACCCCGAGAGGCAGCGCUUAUUCUACAGAGGCAAACAGAUGGAGGAUGGACAGACACUGUUCGAUUAUAACGUCGGUCUUAAUGACAUCGUUCAGCUUCUCAUUCGCUCACACACCGAUCCAGCCGACAGUCCAAGCCCCACUCCUAACAAUGGAGAGGUCAUACCUGGUAACGUAACUCCUCCCAGCAGCAGCAACUCUACCACUCCCACAGUAACCACAGCAACCAUAGUAACUACAGAAACCACAGCUUCUCCAGCAACGAUCAGCAGCAACAGUGGGUCAGCGUUAGAAAGUCAGCCUUCGACAUCCUCAUCUGCUGACCUUAUCAAUCCAGGCAUUGGAGUUUAUAAGAUUAACGAGCUGGUGGACUGCAGAGAUGUCAGCAUUGGUGCUUGGUUCGAGGCCACUAUCGAGAGAGUCACUCUGUCCAACAAAGGGAGCAAAAGCAAAGCUGAGACUGCAGCAUCCUCUACAGGCAGAGCAGGGAGAAACGGCAAGCGCAUUAAUGGAAAGGUGGAGACAGAGUUAGACACAAACGGCGCUGUGCCGCUAAACUCGAACAGCGAGGAGCCUUCGACAUCUCACACUGAAGCAGAAGAUCCUGGCGCAAUCAGCUACCACAUUAAAUAUGAGGAUUACCCAGAGAAUGGCGUGGUGGAGAUGGCCGCAGAGGAUGUGCGUCCUCGAGCUCGGGCGCUGCUGCGAUUCGAACAGCUGGAAGUGGGACAAGUGGUGAUGGUCAACUACAACCUGGAGCUUCCUGAAGAGAGGGGAUUCUGGUACGAUGCUGAAAUCACCUCACUCAACCACAUCUCCAGAACCAAGAAGGAGGUCCGUGUCAAAAUCCUGCUCGGAGGUCCAAGUGAUGUGAUUAGUGACUGUAAGCUGUUGUUUCUGGAUGAAAUCUACCAAGUCGAGAAACCUGGAGCUCCUCCUCUCUCUGUCACUAACGGGCAGUUUAAACGUAAAAGUGGGCCGGAGUGUAAGCACUGUAAAGCCGACCCGGAUGCAGAGUGUCGGUUCUGUUCGUGUUGUGUGUGUGGGGGUAAACAAGAUGCACAUAUGCAGCUGCUAUGUGAUGAGUGUAACAUGGCCUUCCAUUUAUACUGCCUCAACCCCCCACUGUCCACCAUUCCAGAGGAUGAAGACUGGUACUGCCCCACUUGUAAGAAUGACACCACUGAAGUGGUGAAAGCAGGCGAGAGGCUGAAAGAAAGUAAGAAGAGAGCCAAGAUGCCUUCAGCAACCAAUGGGAGCCAGCGGGACUGGGGAAAGGGAAUGGCGUGUGUGGGUCGUACUAAAGAAUGCACCAUUGUCCCUUCCAAUCACUAUGGCCCAAUUCCUGGAGUUCCUGUGGGAACCACAUGGAAGUUUCGUGUGCAGGUGAGUGAGGCGGGGGUGCACAGGCCACAUGUGGGUGGGAUUCAUGGACGCAGUAAUGAUGGCUCCUAUUCACUAGUGCUGGCUGGAGGAUUUGAAGACGAAGUGGAUCGGGGAGAUGAGUUCACAUACACAGGCAGUGGAGGCCGCGACCUUUCGGGAAACAAGCGGAUCGGAGAACACUCGUUUGAUCAGACUCUAACACACAUGAACAGGGCACUUGCUCUGAACUGUGAUGCCCCUCUAAAUGAUAAAGAUGGGGCAGAGUCUCGUAAUUGGAGGGCGGGGAAACCAGUCAGAGUGAUCCGAAGUUCAAAAGGCAGACGAAUCAGCAAGUAUGCACCAGAAGAAGGAAACCGCUAUGAUGGAAUCUAUAAGGUAGUGAAAUACUGGCCUGAAAUUGGAAAGUGCGGCUUCCUGGUGUGGCGUUAUCUGCUGAGACGUGAUGAUUUGGAGCCUGCACCAUGGACACCUGAGGGAAUCGAGCGUAGCAAAAAACUAGGACUGAAAGUGCAGUACCCCCCUGGUUAUUUGGAGGCAAUGGCGAAUAAGAGCAGGAAGGAAGCGAGUGUGCGAGGAGGAAGAGGGGGGGCUCCACGUGGUAAACGACACGGAGGAAGAGGAAGGCCACGAUGCGGACGGCCACCAAAGAGGGUAAAGGAGGAAGAGGAGGAAGAAAAAGAGGAGGAGGAACCUGCAGUGCAUGAGGAUGGAGAGACACAAAGAAACGGAGGAGAGGACACACAGAAAGAAACAGCAGUGUGUAAAGAGCAGCAAGAGCCAAAAGCAAAGCGGCUAAAGGAAGUAGAGGCAUUUGUGUUAUCAGAGCAACAGCGUUCACUUAUACAGGAGGAUCAUGGGAACAAGAAAGUGUGGGAUGAAGCUCUGGGCUUCCUCACUGAGGGACCGAACUUUUUGAGAAAGGUGGAGCAGAUUUUCAUGUGUGUGUGCUGCCAGGAGCUCGCUUAUCAGCCUGUCACCACACCCUGCCAGCACAACGUCUGCAAGACCUGCUUACAACGAUCGUUCAGAGCCGAAGUGUUCACCUGCCCGGCAUGCCGCUACGAUUUGGGGAAGGAUUACGUCAUGGUGCUGAAUAAAAACCUGCAGCAGCUCCUGGAUCAGUUUUUUCCUGGAUACAGCAAGGGACGAUGAGAUCUCACAGGAGACAUGGACAGAAAUAAUCUCCAUCCAGCUCAAUGGCACUUACACUCACACACACACACACAGACACACACACACACACAAAAUGCAGUGCACUAACUUCUUUACCCAACACAACGACAUAGCAAGUGCGCACACACACACACACACAAAAAUUAGUAGUGCACUCCUAUGUCCAACAUACAAAGUGAACACCACACACACACACACACACACACACACACACACACACACACACACACACACACACACACACACAGACACAGACAUAUUUCAUGUAGAUGUUUCCUUCAUUAACACCAGCCUGAUACUUGUAUCCCAAGGACACUCAGGUCAGCACCAUGACCUCUGCUGGCCGUGCGUAGGUUUGUUCCUCCCUACACCGCUCUCAACCGAAGGACACGCAAACACAAUUACACAAACACACUCUGUUAAAAGGAGCGGCAGCAACCUAGCGACAAUUCAACUGAUCUGUUGAGGAUGGACUAAUGGCUAAUGCUAAUCAAGUGCUAACUGUUGCUAACAGGGGGACAGUGGCUCACAAAUCUUCUACAAGAGUAAGCUCAUUUAACGAAACAUGCUAACCCGGCAUCAACGAAUUAACGGCGGGGGGGUGGUCAUUAAGAGUGAAAUGCUAAGUUUCAUUUACAGUUAUGACAAUCGUGUAAUGCAGUAUCCUGUGUAUCUUAUGUUAAUCACAGCCUGCUAGUUAGCGACAGCGUGGAUCACUUUUUUUCUUUGGUCUUGGGAUAGCUAAAUAUCUGCAGCUAGCCGGCUAGCUAACGUUCAUGCUUGCAAUGUCUCACUUCUAAACUUUUAUAUUUCACAAUAAAUCAGUUUGUUUAAAUUAAUUUGAAUGUUGGAAUAGAGUAGCCAGUCGUGGGUCUCAGAUACAAAGGAGAAAGGUAGCACUUUCCUGUUAUCAUGCCCUGUGUAGCAUUAGUCAGAAAUGAUGCAUCGACCAGCCUUCACAUAUCUGAAGGGAAGCAUGUGUUGGCCCUUACUAGUAUUAGUUGGGAGCAGUCAUGUGACAGUAAGAAAUGGUAGAUGACUAAAUUAGAAAUGAGAGGAAUUUCCAAAAAGUCUUAUCAUCUUUGUAUGCUAGCUAGCUGAAAAUAUCGCAGUCAUUUAGUUUAUUGCUUUAUUUUACACUUAAUCUUGGCUUGUUGAGGAUUGGUUUGGUUUUCGCCAAAAACACUUUUGAUCUUCUUCUUUAGGUGGGAUAAAAAGACUCGUAACUUAGCACAUUCGAGUAGAUAGCCUGAUAGCUAAUAUAUCCAUGGAAUGAUGCAGAAUGAUAGAAGUCAAAAUUGCAGUUUUGGACAUAUGGCAAUAUAACUUAUCAAUAUUAUGGAUCACAUACUAUGAUAAUUACAUUACUAUUGAUAAGCUUGUUAGCUAGCUAGCUAUAAUUUGGGAUAGCUACACAUCUACAGCUAGCUGGCUAGCUAAGGCAAAUGGAAUUUUACUUUUGUUUUGUUUUUUCUCUUAAAAAAAAAAAAAAAAAGAAUUUGCAGAUUUAUUUGUUUAACCUGAAAGCCAUUACUGAUGAUGUUCUUUACAUCAUUACACAAAGCUAAAGACUUUCUUAACUAGUUCACUUUGUAGGCAAUAAAUUCAAGCUGUAAUAACUGUAUUAGCCAAAAUCAUUGUUUUUUGAUUACGGUUGUAUAAAUUGAUGGAUCCCACCCAAGUCUGAGGAUUAUUUGAGUGUAUGUGAGUGUUGUUUUGUUUUGCAGUUGUUAAUCAUCUACAGCUAGCUAGGUCAUAAAUACUGUAGUUGGAGGUUAGAGGUUUAUGAUAUUUUAUUGGAAUUUGCUUGGAAAUGCCUCCCGAGUCUUUUGCAGUUCUAAAGAAAUUCUAUAUGUUACCUCUUUUCCAUUAUAGAACAGAUGGACCAGACAGCAGGGAAACCUAGCUGUGCUUCUGUUCUGCUAAUUGUAGCUAGCUAGCAGAGUCAUAUGUCCCGCAAAUUAGAUGCUGCUACUUCCUGUGCCAGCAUCAGGAAAGCACAAGUUAAAGUUUCUAGCACCAUGUGGCAACUGGAAAUAUUUCCUAUGUGAUUUUGUGGUUUUGUGUUAAUCUUUCACAGCACUGUAAUAGUAGCAGUUUAGCAUGUGUUCAUUGUUGCUGGGUUAAUAAUGUUUGGUUAAAGGAAACAUUGCUACAACUAGGUACUGUUUAUAUUUAAGCAGUUCUCCACAAACUAGCUGGAAGUCUAAAUUGUUGAGUUCUGAUUGGCUGAGAGUCGUAAAAAGAUGAUAAUCAUCACACAGUCAUUCCUUUGGGAUAAAAUUCUGUGAAACAUAUGCAGAGAUAUGCAGUGACUGAACUGGAGCUAAAUUUGAUUGAUAAUAAAAGCUGAUUUACAGGUUUGAACAUUGAUGUUGACCGAAAAAAAAGUAGCUCACGCCCCAAACUGUCCACCCAACUGGUUUGUUUUACUGCGUCUCAGCUCUUUUCGCUUUUAUGUUUAAUUUUUUAAAAUUUUCCUAAGCAGGUGCAUUUAUUUCCAUUGCAGAUCUGCCAACCUUUGUGUAUUUUACAUAGCAGUGAUGCAUCCUGACUUUGCAGUAUGCUAGCUGUCAUUCAAUAAUUCAAUAAUAAAAAUAGCAGAUAUGCUAAUCAACAUGUAAAUCUGGAAUGACUGACACUUGCAGGUGUGUUUUGAAUAAAUUACCUUAAGCCCCACCCCCUUCCAGCCAUCUCACAAUAGUCACUUUUGACUUAGUUUGCACUCCAAUAUGUGCUCUCAAUUUUUUGUCUUAGUUAAAGAAUGUUUCUCGUGCCUUUUGUGAAAUGAACUAUCAAUAUAUGUUCCAUUUCCAAGGUUACAGAAGUAUAUAGUAAACAUCAUUUGAAUUAUAUUGGGAUGCAGCCUGAAAGUUUUUGGCCAAAAGAGAAGAAAGGGCGUACAUUUCGACUGAAUGAUUUCAAAUUCUUUAAGAUUAAGUAGAGGGAUGUGGGAAAUCAAAUACACGAUUUGAGGUGACAACUUUACAAUCAAUUUAAAAAGCAGUGCAUUUUCAAUAUGAGCAGGCCAGAGGCAAUGGUGGCAGGGAAAACCCCCUGAGACGACAUGAGAAAGAAACUUAGAACCUAGACACUUAAGACAUUGCUAUAUUGAAAGUGAUUCUAAAUAAUGAUGUUUAUACACAUCUAUACUAAGUUUUACACAAACUACCAAGGCACAGGGUGGUAGUUUGACAAAAUAUAUAGACAGAAGUUUGUGUACACCUGACCUUAAGAUUUCUAUGUGCUUUUUGAACAUCCCAUUCCACAUUUAGUCCCCGUUUGCUGUUAUAACAACCUCUAACUUUCUCGUUAGAGGAUCCACUAGAUUUUGGAGUUUGCUUGUGUACAUUUGUGCUCAUUUAGCGGCCAGAGCAUUAGUAAAGCGGGUCACUCUUUUACUCAAAAUCACGUUACCCAUAUCUUCAUGAAGCUAGCUUUGUACACAGGGGCAUUGUCAGGCUGAAAUAGGUUUGGGUCUCCUAGUUCAAGUGAAUGAAAAUAUGUUGCUACCGCAUCCAAAGACAUCCUGUACAAUUGUGUGCCUGCAGCUUUGUGGUAACAAUUUGUUGAAGAACCACAUAUGGAUGGAAAAGUCAGGUGUCUCAAUACUUUUGUCCAAUUUGUGUAAGAACACUUAAAAACUAAGCGCCCUUUAGUAAUGCAUGGUAAAGGCGCUUUAAUUUUUGCACAGUAUGAGGUAAAUGUCUAUUAAUUGAAACAAACACCUGAGUGAAAGUUACCCCAAUAGUAUGGCUGUAUUAAAAAACAAUAGAAAUUGUCUCAGUGCACUUCUAAAUAUAAAUCAUUGUCCCAUAGAUGUAGGAUUCACGCUACUGUAAAAACAGCAAUUUGCUGUUCAUAACAUCCUUUUCCUACAAUAGGAAAGAAAAACAGUGUGCAUGGAUACAUUUCUAGUGUCUAUUGGUUUCUCCUCUCAGGUGCCUGCUGUUUACUGGUAAAACCCUAUAUAUACUCACACUCACAGUCUCUAUCUCAGUAUAAUGAAAAUGUAUUUGAAUGCAGCUUCUGGGUUGGCAGGUCUGUAAUCGAUUGAUUGAUUAAGCCGUUUCAGAACAAGAAGACUGACUGAAUUCACUCUGAGAUAAUGAGCCGUUUCAUUAGAUCAGUCGAUAUCAAAAUCACAAAACCACUAUCUGUUUUUAUUUACAUAAGUCCAGAGAGGUUACGCAGUAUUAUAUACUUUUCUGUCUCGAUCAUCUCAACGUAAAAAAAAAAUUAAGGUUUAUUAAUGAAAGGUUGUAUGUGAGGACAUCUAAAGCGAACGGCUAGCGACCAAUCACGUUUGAUAUCUUUAAUCGGUUUAAUCAUUCAUGAUUGUUAGCAUUUUAAAAUGAGAGCAUUUGUAUGGAGUUAUUUUACUACUUGUGAAAUGUACUGUAAAAAACUAAACAUAAAUGUGAUGCAUUGAAAUGUCAUGAUUAUAUUAGAAAUAUGUGUAAUUGCAUUUUCAGUCACAUGUCUUUGUUUUAAACAUUUUGGACUUUUCGUGCAUUUACAUCACAGUUACGAGUCACAAUUUAUCCACUUGCAUGCCGAAAAGUUUUUUUAAAAGAGAGCCAAUGAGAAAGCACCAGGGGCAUAGAGGGGGUGGGGCUAAAGCCAAAAGAAUUCAUUGACAUCUAUAAGCAAAUGAGACAAAAAUAGAACAGACCCACAAAUAAUAAUAUCUGUGACUAUAGAAUUUUUAAUGGUUUAUAAAAUAACAUUUCUUUGAACAUGUUGUUUUGACUUUUGUUAUUAUACAAUUGCAUAUCCUCCCUGGACUUUUGUAGUUCUGUCAGUCUUUAGUUUUCCAGCACGACUUUAUUAGUCCGUUUUUACAAUGCAGAAAUGCACAUUAUGGUGAAAUCAUUUUAAACCUGUAGUCACACAGAUUGACAGGCAUCACUUUGUCAUCAAGGGUGGCAUUAAAUUCAAUCUGAUCAGCCAACAAUCAUGUGACAUCACCACUUGCCUUUUAAAAAAAAAUCAUUUUCACUUUUCUGACUCAAUGAUGUGUUAUAAUGGGUUUUAAUGCUAAAAUAUAAUAUUAUAGUAGCCUAAAAGCAUGGCAAUAAGCAGCACUUAUUUUCCGAGCAUUAGCGCAGUCCUGCAUUUAUGUAGCUGGUUCGUUUAGGAGCUGGAGAACUGUUAUGCUUAAUAAUAAAUAGGAAAAUAGUUGCUGAUCAAAUGGAACUUAUGCUACACUUAUGGUGACACAGAGACACCAGACACUGCAAAAUCAGGAUUUGAGCCUGUUUCUCUUGUUCUCACUGACGUGUUUGCUCCUCAAUCGUCUGUCCUGUCCAUAGAGGGAGAGAACAUGUCAUUUCUGUGUUUUGUUCAUUUUUAUUCGACUGAGUUAACUGAUAACGCUUCAUGAACUGUUAUUCUGUCUCUGCAGCUGACUGUGAUUUGCAAACCACCUUUUCAUUUCUUCCCCCCUUCGAGAAAAGAUUAUUUUUUCCAAUUACUCCCUCACAAUAGUAGGUGAUGCUGGUAAUUUUUUUCUCGUGCAUUUCUCUCUCUCUCUCUCUCAUUGGUUCUCUCUGGCUCUAGUUCUAGUUCCCGUUCCGCCGCUUCUGCUUUUCUGCCUUCCGUGUCUGUUCUGUUUUUACAGCACGCACUGAAGAAGAAGAAAAAAAACGUUAAACGAUAUGAAAAAAAACAGUCUAUGUGUUAUUCUAAUGAGCGCCGAUCCUGACGUCGUUUUUUUCUAGUGUUCAAUCCCUCGUUUAUGUUCAUCAUCAGCUCUGUUGAUGUGGCGAACACUUACCUGAUGACGCACAACCUGCCUCAGCAGCAACAUGGCUUCAUAUUGUGACCCCAAAUUUUAUACAUGGUAUUAUACUUGAUAUGUACCUAUUAAAUAUUUUGAUUUCAGAAAUAA